UUGUCAGGUUAUACCUGGGGGACUGCGAGGUUGCCGGACGUCCAGGAGUCCCACAGGGUGAAUUUAGGUGUCCGAUGGUUGCAUCUAGAAGGAGGUGAAAAUUUUGUUUCGAAGUCUUAUAAACACAGAAGAAAGUUCUUCCAGUCAGAACUGUGGGACUAGUUUUGUUAACAACAAUAUGAAAGGCUCUGAGGUUAGCCCGGAAAAGAAAAAAAGGGCUAAAAUACCACCGAGGAGACUUCGUGAGGUAGAUUCUCCAAAUCAUGGAGAUAAUUUGGCUUUGCUGAAAGAUGAGUUGCCCUGUGUCCCUCCAGCGUUGCCUGCAAAUAAACGUCUUCCUGUUAGAACGAGGACUAGCUUGAAUGGAACAUCAUGUGGUUCAUCAGACUUAACUUCUGCUAGAAAUUAUCAUCAGUCUUCAUUAGAAAAUCCUACUGCAUCAGAAAGUGAUUUUUCUAAAGACAUCGCAAUACAAGGGUUGCCUUUGGAUAAAACAGAAGAGAGCAACAGACAAAAAGCAAACGAUGUCUUUAUUUCUCAGUACACAAUGGGACAGAAAGAUGCUGUAAGAACAGUUUUAAAACAAAAAGCUCAAAGCAUGCCUGUUGUUAAGGAAGUAAAAGUACAUCUUUUAGAAGAUGCAGGCACAGAAAAAGAUGCUGCUGCUCAGGAAACUAGAACUUCACCCAGUGGAAUUGAUUCAGCUACAACUGUUGCUGCAGCAACUGCGGCUGCCAUUGCAACAGCAGCUCCACUGAUAAAAGUAUAUCUUUCUCCCCAGAUAUUCAUAACUACUUUGUAUCAUGAAAAUUACUCCUUAAUCACUGUGAUGGCUCUAACUCAUUUUAUUAGUGCUGCACUCAAGACCAGUAGUUUUCAGCCUGUUAGUGUGCCCCCUUCCAGAGCAGUGGAAAAAUAUUCUGUAAAACCUGAACAUCCUAAUUUUGGUAGCAGUAAUCUGUCGUCACCUAAUACAUUUGCUUCCAAACAAGCACCUUUAAGAGAAGUUGAAGAUACGGGUUUUGAUAAACAAAAAUCUCCUUUGGAGACACCAGCACCUCGAAGAUUUGCUCCCGUACCUGUUUCAAGGGAUAGUGAACUAUCAAAGAGGGAAAAUCCUAUGGAAGAAAAAGAAAAUAUGGAACUGUCAGGUCAUAGAGGAAAUGUAAAAUUAUUGGAACAAAUUUUGAAUAACAAUGAUUCUUUGACAAGAAGAAGUGAAUUUUCUGAUAACACCUCACUAACCGGGCCAAAAAUAGGAUGGAAUCCUGAGAAAAGAGACAGCACUGAAACUCUACCUUUUCAAAGAUUUUCUUCCCAUGAAGAGCUAGGAACAGUUAAAAUGACUAUGCAGAAGUCCAAUGAUGUUCUUCAUGAUCUUGGCCAAAAGAAGAAAGAAGCAAAUGGCAUGGUUCAGAAUGAUAAACUUCAGACAACCCAUACAACAAGAUCUGUGUUGAAAGAUGCUGAGAAGAUUUUGAGAAAAGUACAAAACAAUAAAAAAGUACUUGAGGAAAACCUGGAAGCUAUUAUUCGUGCAAAGGAUGGAGUUGCAAUGUACUCGUUUAUCAAUGCUUUAUCUACCAACAGAGAGAUGUCAGAGAAGAUUAGAAUCAGAAAGACAGUAGAUGAGUGGAUUAAAACCAUUUCUGCAGAAAUUCAGGAUGAACUGUCAAGAAAAGAUCAUGAACAAAAGAGAUUUGAUCAGAAGAAUCAAAGGACCAAGAAAGUUCAGAAUAUGAGUAAAGACCUUAAAACUAACACACAAGACAAAACUGUAAAGAAACCUGUAAUUCCAGGAAAAUAUUCUCAAAAACAAAUAGAAGAGCAUUUUAGAAAUCUACCUAUGAGGAGCAUGCCUGCUUCAAGUUUACAGAAAGGGAAAAAAGAGGGGCUUUUGAAAACAACCACGGUGAUACAAGAUGAAGAUUAUAUGUUACAAGUUUAUGGAAAACCAGUUUAUCAGGGUCACCGAAGCACUCUUAAAAAAGGACCGUAUCUCAGAUUUAAUUCUCCAUCUCCUAAAUCCAAACCACUGAGACCAAAAGUAAUAGAGCAAGUUAAAGGCACUAAACUAAAGUCAAUAAGAACACAAACUGACUUUUAUGCAGCAAAACCUAUGAAGAUGGAUUCUAAAAUGAAGCAUUCCAUUACUACACUACCUCAUGGCGACCAGCAGUAUUUGUUCAGCCCAAGCAGAGAAAUGCCUACUUUCUCAGGUACACUAGAAGGUCAUCUAAUUCCAAUGGCAAUUCUCUUAGGACAAACCCAAAGUAAUAGUGAUUCCAAGCCACCUGCUGGAGUAAUUGUAAAUAAGCCACACCCUAUAACUGUGACUACUUCUAUUCCUCCAUCAUCUCGAAAAAUAGAAAGUGGAGUAAAGAAACCUAAUAUAGCAGUUGUAGAAAUGAAGUCAGAAAAAAAAGAUCCUCCUCAGCUUACUGUACAGGUAUUGCCCAGUGUAGAUAUUGACAGCAUUUCAAAUGGAAGUGCUGAUGUCGAUCCACCUCUGCCUAGUCCCAAAGAAGCAUCUCUUCCUCCUCUGCAAAACUGGAUACAGACUCCAGAAAUUAUGAAGAUAGAUGAAGAAGAGGUGAAGUUUCCAGGAACUAACUUUGAUGAAGUAAUCGAUAUCAUACAGGAAGAGGAAAAAUGUGAUGAAAUUCCAGACUCUGAACCAAUCAUGGAGUUUAACAGAAGUGUUAAAGUUGUUUCUACAAAAUAUAAUGGUCCUCCAUUUCCGCCAGUUGCUUCUGCUUCUCAGCCCACUGCUGAUAUUCUGGAGAAAGUAAUUGAGAGAAAAGAAACAUUGGAAAAUAGCUUAAUUCAGUGGGUAGAACAAGAAAUAAUGUCAAGAAUUAUCUCUGGCCUCUUCCCAAUCCAGCAACAAGCCAUACAUAAUGUUAGUGUUUCAGUCAGUGAGGCAAGUGAACCACUGACUUCUGAUAUUGUGGAAGGAACAAGUGGUGGUACCCUCCAGCUUUUUGUUGAUGCUGGGGUUCCUGUGAAUUCAGACAUGAUCAGCCAUUUUGUGAAUGAAGCUCUUGCUGAGACCAUUGCUGUCAUGCUGGGUGACAGAGAAGCAAAAAAGCAAGAUCCUGUUGCUACAAGUGUUGAUGGGGAUGUUUCAGCAAAUGAAACAUACUUGCCGGCAAGAGUGUGUACCCCAGUGGCUACCCCACAGCCUACGCCUCCUCAUUCACCUUCAUCACCCCCUAAGGAGCAUGUGCUGGUAAAAACUCCAGAUUCUUCUCCCUGUGUUUCAGAUCAUGAUGUGUCUUUUCCUACAAAAGAAAUAUUUGCUGAAAAAGGAAAUGAUAUGCCUGCUGUCACACUUAUUACUACUCCGGCAGUUACUCCUACUGCUACACCGCCUCCAGCAGCAGCUCUUACUCCAACUUUGUCAGAAAUUUCCAUUGAUAAAUUGAAAGUCUCAAGCCCAGAGCUUCCUAAGCCAUGGGGUGAUGGAGACCUGCCACUGGAAGAAGAGAACCCUAACCCUCUUCAAGAAGAACUUCUUCACCCAACAGCUAUCGUAAUGUCUGUGGCUAAGGAUGAAGAACCUGACAGUGUUCUAGAUUUCCCUGCCCAGCCUGCACCUCCAGAGCCAGUUCCUGUUACGCCAUUUCCUGCGGGCAGCAAGGCUCCUUCCCCCCCACAGAUGCCAAAUUCUGAUUCAUCAACACUGGAGAGCACCUUGACUGUUACUGUCACUGAAACAGAAACUUUAGAUAGACCCAUCUCUGAAGGAGAGAUUUUAUUUAGCUGUGGUCAAAAAUUGGCUCCCAAGAUUUUAGGAGAUGAUGGACUGUAUCUGACAAACCUAAAUGAUAGUUUAUCCAGCACUCUGCAUGAUGUUCUUGAAAUGGAAGAUGAUUCUCCCAGUGAAGGACAAGUGAUUAGGAUGCCCCAUAAAAAAUCUCAUGCAGAUGUAAUUCUUUCUCUUCUUGCUAAACAAAACCAGGAAUCCUUAAUUUUACAGCAAGCAGUCUGUCAUUCAGAGGACUUGGAAAACAGUGUGGGUGAACUUAGUGAAGGACAAAGGCCCAGGCUGACAGCAGCAACAGAGAACAUCUUACUGGGACAUUCUUUCUAUGGUCAGCAGCCUGUUGCUAAUGCAGAGACUUUGAAUCAACAGUGUGAUUCUAAGCCAUUACCUCAGCAAUUUGAUACAGUUUCAGAUGGUAUUGAUGAAGAUUCAUGUGCUAGUCAUGGUCCAAUGAGUUUGGGAGAAUUGGAAUUGCAGCCAAAUUCUAACUUUGUUCUUCCCACAACACUUCUGCCAGCACAAGAAAAUGAUGGUAAUUUACCAGGAGCAGCUGAAGAUUUUUCUCAGUAUCAACAAAAGCAAGACCACGAUGUUAAGCAAGUUGAACACAAACUGGCACAAAGUUGUUUAAUACAAGCUUCCCCAGGUGAUAUGGAUCGGACACAAAUUGAGCCCAAUCUGUACCUCGCAUCUGUAUUUACAGGUGGUAAAGCAGUACCGCUCUUAACUUCGCAGACGGCACCUGCCAAGAUGUCCGUGACGCUGCCCUCAGUGAACCUGGAGGAUUUGUCUCAGUCUCAGAGCAUCAGCACCAUACAGGGGGACAUGGAGUCCUCGGGAACAGAUACCUUCUGAGCAGGAAGUGAGAACCAGCAUGAUGUUUAUGCCACUGAUUUUGAAGUCGUAUUAUUAAUGCUUUGGCUUAAAACCGUC